AGGACAUGGAUGAACCCACAGAAUGAAGAAACAAGUGUGCGAAUGAGCCACCACCACCGCUUGGAUGUAACCUUAAAAGCGGCUAACUUCUCGUAGUCCCACCAAUGAACGCUCGCCACGUGUUCCUCUUCUCCCUCCUCUCUCCUCUCUCCUCUCUCCCAUUCCGUUAAAGGUCCUUUCCUUUUCUGACCUUUUGUUUCUCUCAGAGUCAUACGACCCAUCGUUUUGUGCUCCCUCCCUCUGUAUAUAUAUGGGAUGCGUGCGUGUGUGUGUAUGUAUCGAUGGGAUGUUGUAUCAGGUUCAUAGUUUUGAAGAUAAACCCUAAGAUUUUCUUCCGGUAAGAAUCUCAGAGCUUCAGCUACUUGUUUUGUCUUCUCUCUUUCGUCUUGAAAUAACCCUCUUGACCAUUUCAUCCCUCUCCCUCCCUCACGCUCAUACACACAUCAAACCCUUCUCUGUGAUCAAGCGUCUCUAAAUUGGGCUCGAUUCUUCCAUUUUUGUACUUGAUCUCUCACCCCAGCGGAGAAGAAGGAACCGGUUGCUUUCUCUCUCAUCAGACGGAGGGUCUUCAACUUCUUCAGACGAUUUCAGUGCCAUUGAAGUGAAGCUCUUUCUGUUUUUUCGAGCUUUUAGGAAGAAAACCCAGAAAAAAAGUUUGAUACUUUGGGAUUUGGUCGUGCAAGAUUCGAUCUGGUAAAAGGUCUUUUAGGUUUUUUGUUGUGUUCUAAGACAAGGGUGAGAAUGAGUUUAGCUGCAGUGAUGAGAGAGAAGAAAAGACCGGGAAGAACAUCUCAGGUACAUAUGCCUGCAGAUGUAGACUGGCAAAUGCUUGAUAAAUCCAAGUUCUUCUUCCUCGGAGCCGCUCUCUUCUCGGGCGUAUCGUCCGUUCUUUACCCGAUUGUUGUCCUCAAAACCCGACAACAAGUCUCCCCGGCUCGAAUCUCCUGCGCCAGUAUGUCUCUAGCCAUCGCCAGAUUCGAGGGUCUAAGAGGGUUUUACAAGGGCUUUGGCACUUCCCUGAUUGGAACUGUCCCGGCUCGAGCUCUGUACAUGGCGGCUCUAGAGAUCACCAAAAGCAGUGUAGGCCAAGCAACACUUAGGUUAGGAUUCUCGGACACGACAGCAGUCGCAGUUGCCAGUGGGGCCGCCGGAUUGAGCUCAGCCAUGGCUGCUCAGCUGGUGUGGACCCCGAUCGAUGUCGUUAGCCAGCGGCUUAUGGUCCAAGGCAACGUUGCCUUAAACAAGCAUAUCCCGAGUGUAAGUUCUUGCAGAUACGCCAACGGGAUGGAUGCGUUCAGAAAGAUUCUGCGUACAGAUGGGCCGAGAGGAUUCUACAGAGGGUUUGGGAUCUCGAUCUUGACUUAUGCACCGUCGAAUGCUGUCUGGUGGGCAUCGUAUUCCACGGCUCAGAGAUCAAUCUGGUCCGGACUUAGAUGUAACAACCUCGGCCAGGAAAAAGACAGUGACGUCAGCUCAAAGGCGAGGAUGGCGGUUCAAGCCGCGAGUGCAGCCAUAGCGAGUGGGUGUUCGGCUUUGAUCACUAUGCCGUUAGACACUAUAAAGACGAGGUUGCAGGUGUUGGACGUGGAAGAUAACGGUAGAAGAAGACCGAUGACGGUCUUUCAGGCAGUGAGGAACUUGAUGAAGGAAGGAGGGUUGGGAGCUUGUUACAGAGGGUUGGGACCAAGAUGGGUUUCCAUGUCAAUGUCUGCAACCACCAUGAUCACAACCUACGAGUUCUUGAAACGCUUGUCUGCAAAGAGACAAGACUGCUGCUGAUGACGACGACAAUAAUAAAAUGAUCCAUCAUUUUGUCUUUAUAUCUUUAGUUCUUGUAUUAUAUAGCGAACGCUCUCAACUCGUUUGUGAACCAAAUCUAUACGAAGUCUGCGUUACGGGUUGAAGUUAGAUCGUGUAACUUGUCCAAUGAGAAUACACCGAAAAAUCUCCAGAAACUGUACUCUGUUCCUCUUCA